AAUAAACUCAAGCUCACACACGCGCGCGCCGCUUGCUCGUGCGUGUACUUAAUACAGCUAGCGCGUGUGUGUGUCUCUCUCUCUGUCUGUCUUUCUCUCUCUGUCUCUCUUUCUCGGUCUCUCUUUCUCUCUCUCAUUCGGCUUCCUCGAGAGAGACAAUACAAUAGAUCGCUGGCAACGAAUUGAAACUGUACAAGCAGCAACACGGCGUCGACGACGAGGAGACCGGUGUCGAGCGUCGCGCGUCCUCGAAGCGGAGGCGAGGCUGCUGCUGUUACCGUUGCUGCUACAUCAACCAUGUCAGGCAGUGAUAGCCCGACCUUCUUUCACGGCCAACCUUGGUCCAGCUGGAUUGAGAAAAUUGGUCGCGACAAACCACUCAGUGAUGAGGAACCAGACUCUGAACCUGCAAGUUCAGUUAUGCGUCUUUCUGUGGAUGAUGUUGACUUAUAUGGAUUUUGUCCAGAAAGAGACACAUUUUAUGGAGUUGUUUGUGAAAUAUGCAAUACCAUUGUCAAACCACAAGCUCUCACACAGCACUUGGAAAGUAGGCAUCCCUCCGGUCACUCCAAUGCCGCAGGCCAGACCAACAACGCGGCAGUGGCUGCAGCUGCAACAACGGGAGCAGGCAAAGCUCUAAUGAAAACGCCUUACUGCAAGCUAUCGAAACUGAAGAAAAGUCAGUCAUCGGGGCAGCUGUCAGUCAACAACUUAAACGGCACAAGUAUCAAUUCCGCAAGUAGCAGUGGCGGCAACAACAAAACCAACUCGAACAACAUUCACACUCCAAUCAAACAACAAAGCCAACAGCAGUCACAGUCAUUGCAGCAACAGUCGACAAACUCGAACUCGUCCCCACGUUCACCCCUCGAGUCCUGCGGGCCAGGGCUCGGGGGUGGCAGUCCGGUCAAAAGCCCCAACAACAACAGCAACAACGCGAGCAGCAGCAGCGCACAACAGCCAAAGCGCAAACGUCUCAAAACGGAACGCUCCUUGCUCAAGGAUCGAGAAUACGAUCCGGACCGUCACUGCGGAGUCUGGAACGACGAAACAGGCAAACCAUGUACCAGAUCGCUUACCUGCAAGGCACACACGGUAUCGUUGCGACGCACGGUCACUGGUCGGAGCAAGGCCUUUGACAAAUUACUUGCCGAGCAUCGCGCCUCGAAGGAGCCUCAGAAUCAAGCGCGAACCGCCGCCGCGGCAGCAGCCGCAACUGCCAAAGUAGCGACUGCCGAGUUAGCGGUUGCACCCAGUACGCCAGCGGCACUACCACCAGCAAAUAACCCCGAGCUCGAGGUGCCAAGCUCUCCACCCGUACUGUCGCUGCCGGAUACAUAUCCACUGCCGCAGGCUGUUGAUUUGCUUUAUCGAUGUCUGGCCCCGCAUGGCUCCAAUAAACCUACCAAACUGGAGGAAGACUUUGCUAACGAAUUGGAGUCCAGUCGAAAAAUUGACACGUCGGUGGUGAACAACGUCAAUAACCCGACCAACGUCAAUAACAGCACUAACACCUCGGUAAUGGCGCCAAUGUCAAUGGUCCUGCCCUCACUGUCGCCUAUCCAAACGGACGGACUAUCGCCUCAAGGGUCGAUGCUCCAAUUUAGUAGUAGAAACGUCAGCAAUAAUUCCAACUCCCCAAUGAGCGCGGACCAGGCAGCUUCGACGCCAGUAGUUCCUACCAAUCAGCAACAGCAUCCCAACGAAGCAAAAACUGCACCACCGAUGGACAUGGACACAAGUAGCCAGGGCAUUACAAUGUACACGUUACCGGCUAGCAAAUCCCAGGUUACAGUUCAAAUAUCACGUUCGUCUCAACGUAACAAUGUCGUUGCGAACAACUAUUCGAGUCUUUUUGAACAAAACGAGCAUCACGUUAUGACCAAUGGUAAGCGUGCAAAAAUCAGACACGAGGAAUAUUCUCCAAAUAUUCAACUAGUCGAGACCGUCACUCCGUACACUAAUUUUGACGACAUAUCUUGGUCUAACUGCCAUCCUGAGCCACUUGCCGUGAGUCGCUGGCUGCGUAUCAACUCCAGCCGUAAGCAAUACAACUUUAAUAUUCACUGACAUAACGCUCUGCCAAUUCCAGGCUGAGGAAUAGCUUACCUUCCAUCUAAAAAAUUUAAGUUUCUCGUUGCUUUGUGUUUUAAACGUAUAUUUUUUAUGUACGCUCUUCUGCGCUCUUCCCUCUUUUUGUUUAUAUUUUUUUUAUUUAUUUUUUUUAUUUGGCUGAUCAUUGGACGAUUUUUUCUUUGUAAAUUCUUAGCUAUUAUCCACAUGACAUUCCUCUAAAUUAAUUAUCGAUAUGAUACGAUGAAAUGGUUUUAAACGUAGUAUUAUGUUGAAAACAAAAAAUAAAAAAACAAAAAUACGCUCAAUGCUAUAUAUCUAAAUAAGAUUGGAUUAGUGUUACCGCUAUUAGCAAUAAUGUAAUUUUUAUUGCGUAUUGUCGUAUAAGGAAUAGUUGUAUUAGCAUAUCGACUAAUAAUUGUAAAAAAGAAAAAAUAACGAUCAUUUGACAUGGAAACGUUAUAAUUCUAUAAAUUAUUUAAUUUUGAUAAAGUCAAUGUUUUUUCGUGUGAUAAAAAUCAUGCUCUACCGUUAUUGCAGCAAUAUUGUAUAAUUUCAGAAUCAUAUUUUUAGGCAUUUCUAAUCGAUUUACUAUGAGUGUAACUUUAUAAAGAUUAACACAA